UUUAUCAUCUCAGUGUUAAGUUAAUCUUCAGACUCAAGAGGGACUACGUUUUUGCGUUUGAAUUUUUAAGGGCGCAGCACGCAUCCGAAAUUUCCCAAAUAUCACUAGGGAAGUUACAGCAAACUGAAGGAGGAUGGGUAUAGAAAGUGGUGGUUCACGUCAUGCACCUUCCACAGGAAUGACGGCAACACAACUGUGUGAAAAUGAUGACCUUGCAAAUACUGUCUGUUUAGAUGCCUACCUUGGAUUCAAGACUCAUAAAAUGAACUUGAAGUACCAACCGCCAAAGAAGAAGCAGAUGGACGAAUGUAAGACAAUAAUAGAAAGAUUCCUGAGUCACCAACAGUAUGAGAAAGCCUAUAGAGAAAUGUUAUCUGUUGAUAUUGUACGAACCUUCCUCAUGCAUAAAGAUGACCAUGAACAUGACAUUUUUAAAGAGCAUAUUUAUCGUUACUUAAAGAUGUUUGACGAAAAUUCUGGCUUCAAAAUCAUGACAUGUGACCGAUACGCAAUGGAGGGGCAUCUAGGAGGCAAGAUUUGUUCUACAAAAGACUGGAAGAAACAUGACAAGAUUGAGAUGUUGAUUGGGUGUAUUGCGGAGCUGACAGAGCCAGAAGAGAGGGAACUACUUUCAAGCGGUGAAAAUGACUUCAGCGUGAUGUUCUCCUGUCGUAAAAACUGUGCACAGCUCUGGUUAGGCCCUGCUUCAUUCAUCAACCAUGAUUGUAGGGCUAAUUGCAAGUUUGUGUCUACUGGUCGUGACACGGCAUGUGUAAAAGUGUUACGUGACAUCAAAGAGGGAGAAGAGAUAACAUGUUUCUAUGGAGAAGAUUUCUUUGGUGACAGUAAUGGUCUAUGUGAAUGUGAAACUUGCGAAAGGAGGCAUACAGGAGCAUUUACCCCAGCUGAUCCAACCAGUCCAAAGAUUGAUAAGGGCUACCGAUUAAGGGACACAGAUGAUAGGCUGCACAGAAUGAAGACCCAGGCUGCACGGCACAGAUCCGCCUUUGUUCAUGUCAAUGGUGUAGUUGGCAGUAAUGAAAAUUGGGAUAUACGUGAUGGCAAUCUGAAAAAGCAGGCUCAUCUGCUAUCUAAAGCUGAGUUGAAACGUCGGGGUAUCACACGAUAUGAUGCUGAAAUUCUUCUUGCUCAAGGAAUCAGUUUGCCAGAACCAAAAGUGAACCUUGGAGAGAAACUGCCCUCUCCACUAAGCAAGAAUCAGUCAGUCAAAGUAAGCGAAUUGCGGUUGUCACCACGGAAACAUUUGUCAUCCCAGUCAUAUUUGAAGAGCUUAUCAGAAGGAGGUAAUGAACAGAAGUUGCCAAAGGAGCACUUGAAAAAUUUGUCAAAUCAACAUGAUAUGGUAGAAAACAUAGUCUGCAAUGGACAGUCUGGGCCGUUGGCUGAUAUAACUGCAAGCAAACCUCAGAUGAGUCAGAAAGUGAGUUUACAAGGAAAAGUAAUGAAUAGAAGCAAGGCAGUUGUUCAUAGACAUUCUAGACACGGAAAAAGAACAAAAAAGUUAAGCCACAGAAGAGCUUUGAAGUUAGACUUAGACUGUAUACCAAAAACUGUAAAUGACAAUGGACAAUCAGGGUUAACAGCUGCAGGAAUUAGACACAGUCCAAGGUUAAAGAACAAAGAAGAGGCACAGUCUGUGGGAGAUGAUGAUAAAACCCAGUCUAAUUUGAAUCUCGAUGGUGAAAGUGUAAUUGAAACAGGGGACCCAGAAAUUACUUUUAAAGUACGAAAUGACUCUGGGAGUCGAAAUAUUUUUACUCAGCUACAGAUUGAUGUGAUGGAAAGUAGCAUAGAUUCAGACGAUGAAAGUUUAUCUGAAAUUGCACGUAGAGGCAAAUCAAAAAUUGCAGCUGAUUGUCCCAGAUUAGUUGAUCAGUUAAAUAUGCCUCUUUGUGACAUGCCUCAUCUGACACCAUAUGACACUGAACCAACCUUUGAUACCUCGUACAAAUACAAUUGUGUUAGUCCAAAACUUACUUCAUUUAACACAUCAUACAAUACGGAACAAAUGAAAAAUGACGUUAAAUCGCCAAAAAUAAUGCAAAAUAUACGUGGAACAAAAUCAUUAGCAUUGCUUUCAUCAGACAGUAAAAAGCCUCUUAGACAGAGUCCUAGGAAUAAAAACAGGGUUCGGGAAAUAAAAAUGGAGUCAACAAAGGUAAAUGGUGUGACUGAUGUUGACGGAUGUAGCAGAGGGAGUGCAGUGGAAAAUAAUGGUAGUAUUGUGUAUUCUGAAAAUUUUAGCCAUAAUACAAAAUCAUCAAGCUCACAGAACUCACAAAAAUUGUCAUUGUCAAGGAAUUCAGGGUCUAGUUCAUAUAUAGGCAGCAAUGUAUUUGAAAAAUUCGGUCCUUUAAGUGGACAGUGUGAUUACUCUGGUGAUAAUUUAGAUGUUGGUGAUGAAAGUGAGGAAGUAGACAUAGAAGGGUUAGGUGAAAGCCUGAAAUCAAACAAACAUGUAAACUCUGUAAGGAAAAUGGGAAGCUCAGCUAGAAGACGUAGCAGGAACUCUCCGAGACUAAGUUACUUGAAAAACAGGAAAAGGAGGUUAAGUUUUGGUGAUGUAGGAUCCCCAAAAUUUGGAGAACCUCUGCGGAAGAAAAUACACGCUCUGAAUGAAGACAUGGAAGAGUAUAGACACUUGUGGGCAAGUAUAUCUCCGCCGAAAAAAGUCCCAAAAAUAACAAUUAAAAUGCCGAGGGAUCCAGUGUUAGUCAAGGAACUGGAGAACUCAAAAUCAGAAAGUGUAAGAUUUAAAUUAGAAAGUCCUCAUAACUCUGUAACGGUAACGCCAGAGUCUAGUGAUCAAAGUGAUUCUGAUGAAGAGGAGAGUCCUUUGAACUGUACAAAAUAUCGCCCGUUUAUUCCGGCAGCUUCAACAAGGAGACAAUCAGUGGGACGGGCAUCAAGAUCUCUUUACAGGGAUGGUGAGAACACAAAGGAUAUGGUGUGUCCAAAACUGAUGAAGAUUAAAUUUGGUGGUACUCAGAUCAAUAUAAAUAUACCACAGAAGAGUUAGGUUUUAAAGACUGGUGUAGAAUUUCAAGUUAGAACAACUUAUUUGCAACAGCUUUCACCAACACCAGCAUAGACUGUAUGCUUACACAUGUCUUUUAUUUACAUGACAGAGGUGGAAAGGUAAACUACAAAAACAUGCCAUUGUUUUUUAAAGACAUUAAGCUUAAAAACUGGUAGUGAUUUUUUAAAAUAUGAAAAUUGCUAAAUAAUUUUUUCAAUUUUAUUUUUUCCAAUCUUUUACAUUUUGGGACCAUGUAACUGCUUGGACAGAAUGUGUAUUAAUCUGGAUGAGAAAAAAACCUUACUACUGUGAAAUCAUUAAUAUUGAAGGAGGACUUAUUUUCAUGGAUUUUUUGGUUGAUUCAAUCCAUGAAAUUAAGUCCCAACGAAUAAAUAAAUGCCCAUUCAAUUUUAAUAUGUUCAAUGAUCAAAAUCCAUGAAUUUUAUACCCCAAUGAAAUAUAGUCAUUGUGGCAUAACCAUGAACUUUUAUGCCAUCGAAAUUAAAUCAUUUCACAGUAGAUGUAAAGUUUCAGGGUCACUAGGGUUAAUACUUGUUUAUUUUGUUCAUUGAAUGCAUUAUCUGAGACUUGGUAGGCUUAAACAUUUAAGUGCUGUACUGAAGUAAAAGUUGUGCUUUAAAGAACUUAAUUUUGGUAAUGCUACAUUUUAAUGUUUGUAUAUAAACUGGAAUAUGCACAAGAUAAUUAAGAUUUCAUUACAGUGCAGUCUGUGUUAAUCAACACUUCUGGGAAGAACAACACCUGUUUGAUGUAAACUGUGCUUGUAUGCUGGUUGUGUACUGUGAAUGUACACUGGUUGUACACUGUGCUUGUACACUGGUUAUAUGCUGGUUGUACACUGUGAGUGAACACUGGUUGUACCAGGUUGUUGCUUCGUUCAAGUCAUCCUGCUGGCUUACAAAUGAUCAUUGGUUCUACAUAUCUGCUUGUUCAUGUCUGAAAAUUUUAUAGAGAUUCCUACACCAUUUAUUACCAGAAGUAGACAUGUAUAUGACCUAAACUGAUUCAAUGUGACUUAAAACUCAAAACAGGUGAAAUUAGGAAACCGGCUCGGUUGAAAAGAAUAUUUAGGCCUUUAUAUGAAGGUGUUUGUUCUUCAUUGGUGUUGUUACCAGAAGUGCUGUUAUGAGAUGUGUUGAAGUGUUUUUACUAGAAGUGUUAUUAUCAGAGGUUUUGUAACUUUGAUAACUUUGAAGUUUAAAAAGAAUCACUCUCAAAUGUAUGCAUGUAAGAUAAUGCGCUGGAUAUGUUUUAUUUUCUGAUGAGCACUUUGUUCUUACCUUUAGUUUUAACAUUUUAUGAACUUCAGUAUUUUAAUCCAGUCCAAGCUUGUCACAAUGAAACAGAAAUAUGACUGUGGACAGCAGAAUAAGUAUAAAAAUGUUGUCAGGUCAUGUUGUCAUGACAACUUGUUUUCUAAAUGGCAGUCCCUAUACUCACUUUAUUCGCUGUAUGAAUGUUUUUCUUUGAAUUUUGUUUAACUUAUGUAGUGAACAUUAUGUGCAUUGCUCUGUUGUGUUUUUGUGCCACCCCUUGAGUGGUGGGGGCAUAAGAUUUGGUCUUGUCCGUGUGUCCGUCCGUCCGUCCGUCCGAAGUUUUUGAUGCACCUAGCUCAAAAAGUAUUUGAUGUAAAUUGAUGAAACCUUGCUUGAGUCUUUAUCAUGGUAUGAACUUGCACACCUCCAAUUUUCGUCUGGCUCCGCCCCCUAUUUUCAGAGUUAUGGCCCCUGAAAUAGUAAAAAAUGCACAUUUUCACCUUGUGACGCACUUAGCUCAAGAAGUAUUUGAUAUAAAUUGAUGAAACCUUGCAUGAGUCUUUAUCAUGAUAUGAACUUGCGCACGUCUUAUUUUUUUGUCUGGCUCUGCCCCCUAUUUUUAGAGUUAUGGCCCCUGAAAUAGUCAAAAAUGCACAUUUUCACCUUGUGACGUGCCUAGCUCAAAAAGUAUUUGAUAUAAAUUGAUGAAACCUUGCAUGAGUCUUUAUCAUGAUAAAAACGUGCGCACCUCCUAUUUUUUGUCUGGCUCCGCACCCUAUUUUCAGAGUUAUGGCCCCUAAAAAAGUCAAAAAUGCACAUUUUCACCUUUGACACGCCUAGCUCAAAAAGUAUUUGAUAUAGAUUCAUGAAACUUUGCAUGAGUCUUAAUCAUGAUAUGAACUUAUGCACCUCUUAUUUUUUAUUUUGGUCCGCCCCCUAUUUUCAGAGUUAUGGCCCCUGAAAUAGUCAAAAAUGCACAUUUUCACCUUGUGAUGCACCUAGCUCAAAAAGUAUUUAAUAUAAAUGGUUGAAAACUUGCGUAAAUCUUUAUCAUGAUAUAAACUUGCACACCUCUUAUUUUUUGGCUGGCACACUCCCUAUUUUUAAAGUUAUGGCCCCUGAAAUAGUAUAAAAAUGCACAUUUUCACCUAAUUAUGUGUCUAGCUCAAAAAGUAUUUGAUGUAAAUUCAUGAAACCUUGCUUGAGUCUUUAUCAUGAUGUGUCCUUGCACACUUGGCAUUCUUCCUGAGAAUCUUCGCAUUUAUUACAGUUAUGGCCCUUGAAAUAGCCAAAAUAGUGGAUUUUUUGUUUGUGAUGCUCAAGCUCAAAAAGUAUAUGGCCUAGAAUAAUGAAUCCUUUUCAUAAAAUGUUUGUUGAGGCUAUACCUCAUUUAGACAGCAAACAUUUGAAUUAUUCCCCCUUAUUUGUGAUAAAUGUACCAGUGGGGGGCACACCCUGUAUCCUACAGACACAUUCUGGUUUAGAUUUGUUUUUACAACAUGGGAAAUUUUAUGAUAUAUCUGGAAAUACCUGCUUUCUCCCCUACCCCCGCCCUUUCCAGAGCCUUCCCUGCUUAGUAUUGCUAUAAUUAUGUGAACAAAUCAGUUCUGCAUUUUUCACAAUUUUAAAUUAGGCAUAAAUGUACACAAAUUUUUGAUGGCUUCUAAGAUGAUAUACCUUUUGGAGUAAAUUCUGUAAAAAGAAAAAUGAACGGAAUCAGAACUGGGGUGUUUAUUUUGAAUUAUAAGGCUACAGUGCUAGAGCAAGGAAUAUGUAAACAUCUUGUAUAUGGUUAGGAAAUGAUUUGAAAGCAGUAUGAUUUAAGAAGGUGUCGGGCUAGCUAGAGAAAUUUGGUGACUUUCACAUUUGUAAGAAAUAAUGAGCACCUGAGGCUGAGAUCUUCCUCUACCAUUCUGAUGUUGCAUCAAACAUAAGAAGUACACUUUAUUUUAAUUUAAUUUACAGGCUACAUUUAAUAUGCUAAUUUAUGAAAUUACUAUAUUACCGGUAAGUAAAUUUAUUCCUUAAAUAUUCUCAUACAUUUGUAGAAAAAACAUAUUAAGUGUUUGUUUUAACAAAUUUACUCUUGGCUUGAUUUUCCGAAGUCAUUGUAUUUAUUGUAACAGUAUUUUUAUAGUGAUAACUUAAAUAUUGUAUUAAUUAAAUUGAUGCUUAUCUUUUUCAUGUAUUUCAGAUAGUGAUUUUAUUUUGUUUUAAUUUUUGAACGCAGAAAUUUAAUGGCAUAUAUAAUUAAGUGCAUAGACACUUAAAUUAUUACUUCACCAACAUUCUAAACUACACACUUUGCAUUUUUUAAGUAAAGAAAAAGAAAACUAGAUUAUUAAAUCAGCCGUGCCAUGGGAAAACCAACAUAGUGGGUAUGCGACCAGCAUGGAUCCUGACCAGCCUGCGCAUCCGCUCAGUCUGGUCAGGAUCCAUGCUGUUCGCUAACAGUUUCUCUAAUUCCAGUAGGCUUUGAAAGCGAACAGCAUGGAUCCUGACCAGACUGCGCAGAUGCUGACGCAGACGCAUACCCACUAUGUUGGUUUUCUCAUGGCACGACUCAUUAAUAAAGAACUUACAAACUUGUAGCAGUAUUUCCCUCUCCCCUGAUCUUAGUUAGUCUCUUCGUAAUCAGAUAAAUUGAAGCAAAAAAGUUGCAAAUUAAUGUUUCUAGACUGUUUUAAAAUGUGUUGUUCCACGUGUUUAAGCAAUAUGAUGCUGCAAAAACAGUGAUUAAUUUAAAUGGGUCUGAUUAAUUAAAGAUGUGCUAUGCCCAUCUUUCACAUAAUUUUUUUAUCAUAAGAUUUUAACUUUAGCCAUAGAAAACCUCCAGAAAUGUAUUUAACAUAGAUUAAUUAAUAAACUGCUGUAUUUGUAAAGCUCCAUUCGUAAUUAAAUUUCAUGUAUUAACAGUCAUUUGUUACAAAAAAACUGUCGUUUUUUAGCAGUAAUACAAAUUUAUACUGCGUUUGGUUUAAGUGUGUACUGUUUUCAACUUGCACACAAAACUGUUUAUACAAUAAACAUGUAAAUUUCAUGUUCACAUUGAUACCAAGGGGUAAUUGUCAAUUUUGUUUAAAAAAUAGAAUUUGGGCAUAACAUAACUUUAAAUAAUAAUAAAAUGUUUUGGAAAAAUAGUCUGAUUUAGUGUGCAGGAGUUUUAACUUCAGUAUGAUGUUUCAUAUUGGUUCUUUUCUUUACACAGUUAACUGUACUAAGUAGUUCACUACUGAUUUAUAUUUUUGUUAUUACAACAUGUAUUGCAAACACCUCUUAUACUAUGUUAUUACAAUUGUCCAAUGUUGUAUAAUUACACCCCUUCCCAUAGGGAGCUGUAAGUGCUAACAAUAAUCUUGUUUAAUGUAGAUCCAUAUACAUGUAUGUGUAUGUCAAGAUUCCUAUUUAAGGUGUUAUGUAUGCAAGGGUUCCUGUUAAAGUGGGUUUAUGUUAGCUAAGCUUCCUGUUAAAGGAGUCUAUAUGCUUAUAUUCCUAUUAAAAUGGGUAAUACCGUAUGUACGCCUUGGUUUGUUUUGAAUUGGUAUACGUGCCCAGGUUCCUGUUAAAAAGGGCAUAGGUGCCUAGGUUCCUGUCACAGGAGAUGUUCAUACCUAGGUUCCUGUUAAAGGAGGUAUGUGUUCCCAGAUUCCUGUUAAAGAGGGUAUGGAUGUCUGGGCUCUUGCUAAAGGUGAUAUGUAUGAAAGGCUCCUGUUAAAGGAGGUAUAUAUGCUUAAGUUCCUGUUAAUGUGGGUAUGAAUGCCUACGUUCCUGUAAAAGUGGUUAUGUAUGCUUCGGCUUCUGUUACCAGGUUUAUAUAUGCCUAGGUUCCUGUGAAAGAGGGUAUAAUAUGCCUUAAUUUCUGUUAAGGGGUAUGUAUGCCUAAAUUCCUUUAAGAGUGUAUUUGUGCUUAGGUUCCUGUAAAAGGGGUUAUGUAUGCCUAGUGGUUCCUGUUAAAAAGGUAAUGUAUGCCAAAAUUCCUGUUUAAGGGGGUAUGUAUGCCUAGGUUUCUGUUAAAAGGGGUGUGUAUGUAUAAAUUCAUGUUUUAAGGGAGUGUAUACCUAGGUACCUGAUAAAGAGGGUAUAGAUGCAUAGAUUCCUUUUAAGGAGAUAUACAUGCCAAGGUUCUUGUUAAGGGGUGAGUGCAUACCUAGGUUCCUGUUAAGGGGUUACUGUUAAAGGGGGUAUGUAUGCCAAGGUUCCUAUUAAAGGGAAUAUGUUUGCCCAAAUACCAUUUAAAGGGGACACUGCCACAAUGUACACCACAGUAGCAGAAAUAUUCAGACAUUUCCACAAUAUCUAAGAUAGUAAUUAAGUAUAAUUUAUUAAAGGUGGUAUCUUAUGGUAUAAAAUGCAGUUUUAAAUGAUAUCUACUGUGUGUGUGACUAACUCAGUAGAGAGUUUUUCUACAUUUUUUUUUAGACUCCAGUACAUACAUGUUCUUGUAAAUAAAUAUUGCCUAGAAGUAACAGAAUGACUUAGGUUUUGCAAUUUGUUUUAAGUUACUUACCAGAAGUUUUUGUCUAUAAAUUUUGAAAUGUUUGGCAUGAGUUUGAGUUGUUCCCCUGUAGUUAUUUAUUUUGACUCUGAAGGAAUUUUAUGACUUUGCAAGCUGUAUUGGGUAGAUGAAAGUUUUUUUCCUACUUCACUUUAGUAACUGUUUUUGUUGUUUUUUUAGUUCAGGGGCCUCCGUGGCCGAGUGGUUAGAGUCGUUGACUUCAAACCAUUUGCCCCUCAUCGAUGUUGGUUUGAAACCUCAUUUGGGGCGUAGAAUUUUUCACGUGAGGAAGCCAUCCAGCUGGCUUACGGAAGGUCGAUGGUUCUACCCAGGUGCCCGCUUGUGAUGAAAGUAUGCACGCAGGGGCACCUGAGGUCUUCCUCCACCAUUAAAGCUGGAAAGUCGCCAUAUGACCUAAAAUUGUGUCAGUGCGAUGUUAAACCAAACAAAAUAAAUAAAUAAAUAAUUUUUUUUAGUUCAGGCUUUUUAAGAGUAGAGUUUGAAUCUUUUAGUGGUCUGCUUGAAAACUUUUAAUUUAUGUUAUAUUCAGUUUUGUUUCCAAUAAUGUAACUGGUAAAGGGUUUUAAAAAGUGAAAUGAGUAACUUAGAUAGCACUUUGACUUUAAUUGAAACAGAUACUGUGGAGACUUGAGCUGUCGUUCUGUACCUAAAAUUUUGACAUUGAGAGUAACUCGUCACCUCACUGCUAAAAGUGGAUAACUCCACUGACUUGGACUUACUCACUUUUUGCACUAAGUUGACAAGCUGUACCCUAUUCAGUUAGCUCAAUAAGUAGGUCGCAAGACUUCAGAUCAUAAGCUGGUAAUCUGUGUAUUCAUACGCGUAGGAGGUCAUUUUUCCUUAGUCUUUUGAUUCUUUUAGAGAAGUUGUCAGUUGCAUGUGAGGAAUAGGUGAAUACUGGUAAUGAAUCUGCGAACACUGGUUAAGUUAACGAGUAAUAUUGUUGAAAAAUGAAGUUAAACUCAACAAAACAAUAAGAUAUUAAAAAAUUUCUUUUGACACCAUUAUAUUAUCAGAAAUGAUUGCAUUAGCUUUGAAAGAUAUAGGAAUAAGUGACCCAUUGAUAACAUUUUUUUUUUCUUGCUUGUGGUUUUAAUAUUUAUUAUGUAUGAUUUUGAAUAUUUUUAGAAUUAACUAUUUUAUGUCAGUUAAAUGAAAUUACACAAAUUUCUUGUUAAAUAAUUGAUUUCCUUUAUACCGCAUUCAUAAAUAGAAAUAUUGCAGUUGUUUUUAAGAUUGUAUGACUGAAUAAACUGAAUUGAUCAUACAGGCACAGCAUAUUUUGUGGGGGAAAAAAGAAAGCCUUAAAUAUAAAUGUUGUUCUUAUCUAGUGUGACCUGUUAUAUGUUGUUCUCACAUAUACACUUGUUGUAAUGUGUAUUGCAUAAACUCCAAUCUCGGGUUAUAAAACCUAGUUUGUAAACCAGUCUAUUACCAAAGUCUCUGACAGGUUGAUUCUGAACCAAGUACUGAAAUUGAUCAGAGGCAACGAAUCAUUUUCAGACUGGUAUUCAAACUUACUUUUAUAACCCUAGAUCUUAGAAUUGAAAAAAUAAAAAAAAUAGACUGGUACAGAAUUUUAAACUGUGAUUUCAAAAGUAUGCAUGUUUGUUAAGAUUGUUGAAAUGCUGAAGCUUGUUACACACUUAAUUUACUCAUGAGACUUUGGUCAUUGUUUUUAUUUAUUCACUAACAGAACAUUUUAGAUUGUUAUAAUUUAUACACUGUACUAAUGUGCGUAAAAAUGUUGAAUUUUGAAGUAAAUUAAAAGUAGACACUCUUUUUUA